UUACCUGAAAGAUGGUAAUUAAAUUGUGGAGUGUGAGCUUUGAGCGGAGCUGCAGAAAAAUAAUGGAGUCGAGGGGGGUGGCGAGCCACAGCAACAUUGUUAGCAGCAGAGAAAAGAAGGCUAAACGCAGAGAGAUACUGGAAAAGAAGAAGGCAAUUGAUGAAUUGAUAAAAGCAGCAUCUUCUGAGAAGGACCAUCUUGUUUAUUUCCAACCAUUUUGUCAUUACAAUAGAAACGGUCUGUCUGUGUUUUUAGAAUCUGGAAGUGGGGAUAAACUUUCUUCUUCUGUAAAGCGGUACAUUCAAAACCUCCUUAAGGUCAAUAUGGAGGUGGCGUUUGGUCCUGAGUGGUCAUCAGAAGAAAAGGUGAAGUGUAGGGACAUGGUUGCUUCAGAAGCGCGUUAUAUAUUUGUUCACGAGGCUCCAAAUGCUAGUGUUGAUGAAAUUUCAAUGAAGUUAGAUAAAAGCCCCUUGGUUGGAUUUGUACAUUAUCGCUUUACUCUUGAGGAAGAUAUACCUGUUCUUUAUGUGUAUGAAAUACAGCUCGAGUCUCAUGUCCAAGGGAAGGGAUUGGGGAAAUUCCUUAUGCAACUAAUUGAGCUUAUUGCUCGCAAGAGCUGCAUGGGUGCUGUAGUAUUAACAGUUCAAAAAGCGAAUGCAGUAGCCAUGAAUUUCUACAGAAGUAAGCUGAGAUACACAAUAUCAAGCAUUUCACCAUCCAGAGUUGAUCCCUUGAUGGGUCUUGAGAAGAGUUACGAGAUUCUCUGCAAAGCAUUCGACCAUGAAGCCAAAGUUAUAUUGGAGGUUAGUAGGCUUCAUUGCCAUCAACAGCACUGCCCUGUUCAUUCUGGAGACAAAUUUUUCUGUUGAUUUCCACUUGUGGAUUGCAAUUUUUUUGGGUUUCUUCCUAGUACUGCCUUUCCAUCUACUAACAGCAUUCCUAGAAAGCUUAUUGCAUCCCUGCCAAAUCAGAAGACUUUCGGAAAUAAAUCUCUGAAGGCCAACCGGUCAAGUUUGUAGUAGCAAUGAUUAGAUAAAGUGCUCUGACUUCGAGAUUUCUCUUCACAUGCAUUCCAGAAAUGGGGAUGGGCGUGUGGAUUCGGUUCCUCAUCAUAGCACAGAAUAUUUUGUACUUCCUAUGGGCUUCUAGUUUAUUUUGUUAGGUGACUCUAAGAACAGCAUGCUAAGGCAUGUGCUAUUUGGUGGUGGUUUACAGCUUCUCUUUGAUUAGUAGAUGGUUUUGCCUAACAGAGCAUGUAAUGGUCAAGAGUUGCACUAAUGAGACCAUUCAUUGACCAAGUGAAGCAUUUUUUGUGGAAGUUUUCCAUCUUUGCAAUUUGAUUUCUUCAAGAUGGACAUGAACAUUUGAUAAAUGAAACUUUACAUGUGCUUUUUUCACUA